AUCACCUUCACCAUGAUUUAUGCUGCAAAAAUUCCACCUGCGGCAGUCUUUGAGGACAACGACAGCUUCUCUGCACCGAGUAAUUUUAUGAUCAGUCAAUAUGAUUCCAAUGAGAGCUUACAAAAAUACCUCACGCGGGAAAAAUAUUCAAAGCAGCUUGAACCUUCAAUGGAUACCUAUGUGGCUGCAUAUAAAGUAUUCCACGAAUCAUAUCAAGCUGCUGAAGAGAAGAGUAGCGAUGAAAUAACACGAGAAAAUCACAAUUCCAUUGAUCACAGCGUCAAAAAGAGAUCAGCUCCGACAAAUCCAACCCCCGUUCCCAGGGAAAUGAUAAAAUUUGAAUUAACAGACGCUAAAGUACCUGAUUUUAUGACUCAUGAACGAAUGUCAACGAAAGUUCCACUAAAAGUUGCUGACGCUGUCUACGAAGCAACAACUCCGGCUGCGGGAUCAGAUGUUAAAGCCUUAGGAUCAAGGAUGAUCAAGAUUGUUCAUCCUGUGCCGUCGGAAUUCAAAAUGACGCGCUCAGGACGUCAAGUAUCCUUGGAUGGGUACUCAGCUCCGGUCUCAAAGGCUUCAUUCAAACUCUAUCUAUCUGAGAAGCAUAAUCCUAUUUCUUACAAAGCCCUCUACAAUCCUGUUUCUUCAACGCGCAUGCGAUAUGCAAUGAUUCCUAGGAAUCUAUCUCAGGCUUCAGCAGUUGGUAGUGGUCAAAAUUUACUAGGACCCCUGCAGACAGCUGGACUACUGGAGUAUUCUGGGAAAAAUUGGUUGGCAGGACAGGAUUUGUUGAAGUCAAAACGUCUUCAAAGCAGACCGAUGACUCAGUACGUGCCUACUGCUAAGAAACCUCCAAAGUACGGAUACACUGUACCACCAGCCAAUAGUUUUACAUCCUUGCCUCAAUCCCUCUCAUCUGGAACUUUGACACUUUCUGAGGGUUUCCAGAAUACCUAUACGCCAAUCCAUGAAGGCACCACUGCAAGUGAAGGUAACAAAUUCGGAGAACCCUUCAGAUCAUCCCUGGCUGAUCCCACCUUUACGGUGGACAGUGGAAGUUUGGCUGCUCUCACAGCUCUUAUCGGGAAGUCUCCGAAGGUGCAGCUUGAGGAGUUGGGUCAGUUGCUGAAGAAGGAGAAAGUUACUCGACCGCAGGAGUCUACAUCACCGAUUCUCUUCCAUCCCACCACUGAGAUGCCUCUGAGGGAAUCUGUGCCAUCUACUACGCCUAUUAGUGUUGAAUACUACCCGGAAGCUCCGGCUGCGCAGUUGACUUUUGAGGAUAUAACGCGGUUUUACGGUGGAGCAGCCCUACCAACUCCCUUUACUCCUGCCGAUGACCAUAAACCCAUUAUGGAAGCUGUGACAGAACAUCCUGUACAACCAACACCACCAUCCAUACACAUUCCCCCGGCAGCUGUGACGGUGCGAACGCCUGAGGAUGUGUUGCAUUUCCCGCAGGAUUUUCAAGCAUCCGCCCUCGUGGACCAGCCAGACGACGAUGAUAAGCAUGUAAGUAGGGGUUUGAGGAGGGGGUGGAAGGGUGGAAGGCGCCACAGGCGACGUGCUAUGUGGGGGGUGCGUGAAUUGCGAAAUAUCCCUGUGAGGGAUGUACGGAACUCCUUUGAUCCCGCCGUCCUCCGAGAGGCCUUCCCCAUUAUUGGCAACCGAGACAUUCUCAUGACACCCCUGCCCAAUUGGCCACCCUCAACGGAACCAUCAACAUACAUAGCACGCUACAAGGAUUACCUGAGACGCAAGAACAAUGCCUUCCUGCGUACAAUAAAUACGCAAAUUCAGGUGAAUGCGAGAAUGCGACGAAGUACAGAGAAUUUAACGACGGUGGCAUUUGAAGAACUUGGCAAUGAGACCCUUAGCCAAUUGGGCGUGAACAGGGGGUGGCUUCUGGAUCCGGAUGGGGAUAAAAAUGUGACGGAUUCAGGGGAAUAUCUCGAUUAUUGGGAUGAUGAUUUUAGCGAGAAUGCCACACUUUCGGACGAUUUCUUGGAUUAUUCCUCCGAUUAUGGGGUGAAUGCAACGUCUCAGAAUACCUCAAGACGCUAUGACUACUACGAAGACUCAGACGAUGCUGAGGACCUUGAGGAAUCCCACGAGGGGGAAAUCCUUCAGGCUGACCAUGGGCAUCACGUAGAGUACAAAUUAGUCCCAGUGACGCUGUACAAAAGAGUCCCCGUGCUCAAACGCAAGAAGCGCCCAAAGAAAAUCCGUUGGCACCCACCUAAGCGACACCCACGCUUCCGGAAGCGUCGACCACGUCGUCCGCGCUUCAAGAAAUUCCACCGAAAACCCUUUCACUACAAACUUCUUCGUUAACCCGCAAAGAAACUUCCCUCAAACUAAUCCCCUAAUCUAAGGGAAUUAAGGGGUAGAUUUUGAUAAAAAUCUUUUCUUUUCUUUUCUUACAAUUCGUCAGUUAUAAGAUUUUUGUUUUUACCUUUAAUCGUAUUUGCUAAAAUUAUCGCACAUUAUUUAAUUCUAAUUCUAAAGCAGCGCGGUCUGCCGCGUGUCCAUUCACUUUGAAAUCUCUGAGCGAUCUGCCAAAUUUUCCCUUAACAUUUUUUGAUGGCUUCCAACCUAACUUUGAUUGACAUUUUAGAACUUUCCAGUGACCACCACUGGAAAGUUCGAGCUUUCAAAUUGCGCCAAUUUAUUUGAACUUAUUGAGACCGUUUGAUAUUAUUCUAACGGAAACAAUUUGUAAUUAUUCUAACAGUAUUUUUUGAAGGAAAAUUACUUUUCAUGCCCUCUUCAGAGAUCUUUCUGACUAUUUUCCAGAACAACAAAUUCAAUGGCUUCUAUAGAAAAUUACGAGAAAUUGUAUGGAAAAUAUUAAAUCGCAUUUUAUGGAAAAAGCAACCACAUAAGCGCAGUUUUCGUCCAAAGAAACAAGAUUUCUUUUAAUUUUUGCUAUCGAAUGGUGCAAAAUUUACCUGUCUAGGAAUUUGUGUAAGCUUUUUCGCCAUUUUUGGCUAAUUUUCCUGGCCUAAUUAGAACAAUUUAAAAACUCCCAACUGUCAAAAUUUUAUAAGAACUUUUCAGUUAUUUAGAAAAGAAAAGAUUUUAUCAGAAUCUACCCCUAUCCUAACUCUCAACUUACCCACCUGGAAA